CUUCCGCCAUCUGUUUUUGGAUUCGAGCGAAUGUUUUGCUUUCGCUGCCUCGUACGUAAUUCUUUCUCGUCGCUCUUUCCAGUGCAGUCGCGAGCUCAGAUUGAUUAAUUAAUCGAUGUUAAUGCAGAGCUAAUUAACUUUGGGUCGCAUUGCCGGCGUGACAGCGCAGAUGACGCGAAAGUAAAUCCGUUCGCCUUUUUCUGCGUCAAACCAGAAUGGGUCAGACGUUAUCAGAGCCCGUGACUGAUAAAGAGUCGGCGUGUUGCCAGAACGAGUACCUCAAGGUUGGCUCGAGUAGCAUGCAGGGAUGGCGAAUCAACAUGGAAGAUUCGCAUUGCCACAUUUUGUCGCUGCCCGACGACCCAGGCACCGUUUUUCUUGCAGUCUACGAUGGACACGGAGGUGCUAAGGUAGCACAGUAUGCGGGGGUAAACUUGCACAAGUUUAUAGUAAAGCAGCCAGAAUAUCAGACAGGAAAUAUUGAGGAAGCUUUGAGAAAGGGCUUUCUGGCAUUGGACCAGGCGAUGCUGGCUGAAGAGAGCUUGCGGGAUGAAAUGGCAGGCUCGACGGCAAUUGUGGUUCUAAUAAAAAACGACACAUUGUACUGCGCGAAUGUCGGUGACUCGAGAGCGAUUGCAUGCAUUAUGGGCAAGGAGGAGAGUCUGUCCAACGACCACAAGCCAAGUUACCCGACGGAAAAGCGCAGAAUACGAGCGGCAGGCGGUUGGGUCGAAUCGAACCGGGUGAACGGAAACUUGGCUCUGUCCAGAGCGCUCGGCGACUUUGUUUUCAAACGCAACGAGUCGAAACCACCGGAGGAGCAAGUCGUCACUGCUCUGCCAGACAUUGAAGUCAGAACUGUAACUUCGGAUUGGGAGUUUGUACUGCUCGCCUGUGAUGGAAUUUGGGAUGUCAUGGGUCGGGAGGAAGUCUGCGACUUUGUUCGACUACGCUUAUCAACAGGGAUGGAACCGGAAAUUAUUUGCGAAGAGCUGAUGACCAGGUGUCUCGCGCCAGACUGCCACAUGGGAGGCCUUGGCUGUGACAAUAUGACUGUGGUCAUCGCUUGCUUCCUGCACGGCGAACCCUUUUCGCAGCUGGUGGCGAAAUGCGCCCGGCCGAUAAUUGUAGAGGAUAAAUCAGAGCAAGUUGUUGAAAAUUAUUUUCAUCUUGUCUACUCGAAAAUAAGUUCUAAGGUUCCGAAACUGCCACUUAUCUCUAAACAGCGAAAGCUCUAAACUUUUAAACCCAGCUCACCGCGCGUAUUCUUUCGUUUUUGUUUUGUUUUGCGAAUUUUAUCUCUCCCUGCAUUUUUGCAAUUUUUGCUAUGAAUAUAACUUUAAUGUAUAUUAUAUUUAAAAACUUUUAAACACCACCACCAAUUUUAAGUCAAAUAUUCCUUCGAGAACUUGGCAACUUCCAAAUUUCUUCCUAUAUACUGUAUUGUCUAAUAAUUUAGCUAGUCAAUGGCCGGGCGUCCAACACUGCGUCCUGGCUCGUAGAUGCAAAAAAAUUUAGUGCAAUCGGCUUCUAGACACAGUUUGAUUACUUUAUGAAGCAUCAGCUCCCGUGUUCAUUUAUUUGUUUAAAAACCACGCUCGCUUAGUGAGUACUUAAAAGUGAUUUGUAAUAAGAGAUAAUAAUGUAACAAAAGAAAAUAUAUUAAAAUUCAGGUUAUAUUGUUA